GCCAAGACCUCUUGCCAAGCGAAUCGUCUUACUUGGUGUUGUACACUGGGGCUCAAGCAAGGCAACCCGCGCACCCGGAGCAUAGGAUACUUAAGAUAUCCAAGCCUAUGCGGACCUGGCCUGGGUUGAGAGCCCCCUCCACAAUCAAACCCUCGAACCCUUCGUCCCAUCGACUUCUUCUUACUCAAUCUGGUAACGCUGGUGCAUAUUAAGCUGUCACUCGGUUAGGGCUGAACUGCACCUUUUCGGCCCUGAUCCACGCUUUGCAACACAAUGUCACCAGCGCCUCAACCAUCAUUAUCCCCGGAGAUCCCAGAGAAACGACGAUGCUGGGAGUGUCAACGCCGUCGCCUUGUCUGCGACUCUGUCAAGCCAGUCUGUAACAAGUGUCGUGCUUCCGGCAUCGUCUGCCCUGGCUACGACGACAGAAAGCCACUGACUUGGCUCGCACCUGGAAAAAUCACUUGUCGUACUCGACGCAAAGGGCGCUUGGUAGACAAAGACACAGCUGCGAAGAGAAUGAAGACAAAGCCAAAGCCGAAUCGCCCAGGGGCAAUCGAAGACACCGAAGCAUUGACUAGAAGCAAGAAUAAAUAUGGCGGAGAGCUCAUCUUUCACUCAACUCUAAGGACUGACAUUUGCGACGUCUUCGAAGCCGUCCAGUAUUUCAACGACGUUUUCUAUCCAUACACUAAGUCGGGGCACUCACCAACGAGCAACGUGUUCAUCGCUGAAAUUCCCCUUAAGGUCGUCAAAUAUUUGCCGAUCUCGAUUGCGCACAACUUGGUUGGCAUCGUAUACCAUCAUCGUAUGCAUGUACAAAAAGAAUGGAAGAAUGAUUGCCCUUCUAUAUUAUAUGCCCAACACCGGAUGCACCAUCAUCGGGGUUUGUCGAUACGGGCGAUUAACGAAGACCUCGCCAACCCGAAGACCCAGAGCAGCGAUGUUGUACUGACGGGGGUCAUUCUUCUUCUCCAGUCCGAGAUCAACGCAUGCAUAACGCCCCAGUGGCGACAGCAUGUAGAUGGUCUCCUGGCUAUCCUCGCAUGUCGGGGCGGAGCCCGGGGGUGGGCCAUGUCGGAGCCAUAUCGCCAAGGCUUGCUCCUAUCUUUUAUAAUUGUGAUGACUUCGGCGAAUACGACGAGUCCACCUGACGAUCAAGUUACAAUUUGUGAUCAUGAAGAGUUUAUUGAAUUGAUCCAGGAGUUGUAUCCACUUGGAUUGCAUCCACACAUCCCUUGUCCGAUGCCUCUAUUUUUGGAAAUUUCGCGGAUUAACCAUCUUCGAGCUAAGGUCUCCAAGAAGUUGAUGGGAAAGUCAACAGCGAACGCAGUUGCGGAGGAUAUUGUUGCGAGGAUCGAGAGCUUUGAUGGAACAGACUGUGACUCCUUCUACGAAGACAGGGAUGACCGUGAUCUCAUAGCUGCGAUAUUUCACUCUGCAGUGGCUGUCUUCUGCAUCUCAUCGCUGCAGAGCGUUGGAACCCUACCCAGGUCCCAUCGCCUGACAAUGCUGAGAACCAUGCAUGGCAAUCGCCUGUAUUCUCUCAUGGAGGAGACAAGAAAUCACCCCCAACUCAAGAAAUCCGUUCAAUGGCCUUUGGUUGUCGCUGGCAUCGAAGCCUCGGUUCGGGUAGAUAAGCGUCGGCUUGUAGCAGAGCUUUACUUAGAGCAAGCCAAGGACAUCGCCACGCCAUUACCCCUUCACGCCAAGAAUGUUAUGCGCACCUUCUGGGACGGAGACGCUACAAAUUGGGAUGCAUGUUUCGAUCAGCCCUACGCGUUUGUUUCAUAACAUGAGGUGGGAACAAGGUUUGAGCUCGGAGGGACAGAUAAUUGGGAAAGAAACAAUAAAUCAUUACUAGGCGAUCUGGCGACCCUUGCUGAACUAUAUCAAAGGAGGAAAUGGUACUCUGAGAGCACUUG